AUGACAUUAAAUAUAACUGUAUUAAUAUCUGGAUCAGGUACAAACUUACAAGCAUUAAUUGAUGCACAACAAAAGGAUCAAUUGAAAGGAACAAUUACUCAAGUUAUUUCAUCAAGUGAAACAGCUUAUGGAUUAACUAGAGCUUCAAAUGCUUCAAUUCCAACUAAGAAUCAUAUUUUAAAGAAUUAUUACAAGGGAAUACCAAAAGAAGAAGUUGAAUUACGUAAAUCAAAAAGAGAACAAUUUAAUUUAGAUUUAGCAAAUUUAUUAAUUUAUGGAAAUAUUGAAGGAAUUACCAAAGAUGAAACUUACAAGAAACCAGAUUUAAUUGUUUGUGCUGGUUGGAUGUUAAUAUUAUCUCCAAGUGUAUUACAACCAUUGGAAAAAGCAGGAAUAACUAUUAUUAACUUACAUCCUGCUUUACCUGGUGCAUUUGAAGGUACUCAUGCCAUAGAUCGUUGUUGGAAAGAAGGUCAAGAAGGUAAAAUAACUAAAGGAGGAGUAAUGAUACAUAGAGUGAUUGCUGAAGUUGAUAGAGGUGAACCUAUUUUAGUUAAAGAAAUCGAUUUGAUUAAAGGUGAAUCUUUGGAAGAAUAUGAAGAUAGAGUUCAUAAAGUUGAACAUGUAGCAAUUGUUGAAGGAACAAAUAUUAUCUUGGAAAAGUUAUCAAAGAAGAAGGAUUCCGUAUCUAAAGAAACAAAGAUUAAAUUAGAUGAAUUAUCUAAAGAAAUAGAUGCUAUUAAAGAAGAGAAUGAAAGACUUUCCAAAGCGUGA